AUGGUGGACGCUCUAAAGCAGACAGCCCAUCACUACCACCAAAUAGGUGACGAUUUUGAAGCUCACUCGAAGAAUGAUAUGGAACCAGUCAUGGAAAGCCUUUAUUCAUUCAAAGGCACCAUACAAACAGCUCCAGACAUACUCCAUGUACAUAAG